AUGGCGCAGCCCGGCGAGUUCCUUACAAAUCUUACGCUAGAUGGUGUACGCGAAGGCGCCUACAUGCUUUGUAAACACUCUGACGAUUUGCUAGGUCACCACGCCCGGCAGAUUUUUCGCGAAAAAGCAGCAUCAAUGCGCGCAGAAAACAGUAUCUACUAUUACCUCAAAGAUCUGAUGAAAAAGUUUGGCUCGCAGCAACAUGUAUCCAAGAUCAAGAAAAUUAUAAAAGGUGAACCGCAACAACUUGUGCUAGAAGAACAUGAAUUUCGAAAACUCAUUGCCAGCGACCCGGCUUUUGAGAGUGCCGUUCCGAACGACCAGGUAGAUGCUCUUUUUCAUCGCCUUGAGUGUGACGACUGCAAACUACUAUUGCACCGAGACUUUGUUGAGUUUUGCCUACUGGAUCAAGAUCAGCUCCGAUUACUGUUAUUUAAGUAUCGGAAACACCUUAAAAGUCUAGACUUGACGGACAUUGAAAUUGCAGAUACUUUCAAGCGACUAGCAUCCCCUGAUGGUACGGCAAUGGCACCAGAACUAUUUCAUACUGCCAUCAUGCGCGACGUAGAUGUCGUGCUCACAACUGGGGAGCUUGCUUUUGUUAUGAACAUUAUGGAUUCUGAUCAGGAUGGUUUGGUGAAAUUAAAUGACCUAGAAUCUCUUCUUAAAGAUGAAAAAAAGGCUGAAGAGCUAAUUCACCCCGCUCUGGAAAAUGGGGUCGUUGAACUCAAGAUAUCAACUAAUAACUUGGAAGAGAUGACGUUACAGAGAGGUCACUACAUUCAGUUACAUCCAAAUCUGCAAAAUGCAAGCGGUUCUUGUCCUAUGUACCUCUGGUUUCGAAAAGCUGCGAGAGAAGAAGGAAAAGCUGCUAUCUCAAAUAUAAAGCUCGCCUCGAGCUCUCGAGACACAGAGCUGGUAUCCAAGGGUUACACUUGUUUACAGCAGGAUAUAAGCAAAGGCGGAACCUUUGGAAAGCACAAGUACAUUUGGACUAGCCUUGUACCCUCAAGCGCACAGAUGACCAAUGAGCUGGUUGAUUUGUCACUAACUAGCGGAGACUUAAGUGACGAAAAUUCCGCGCGCUUAUGGCUACCCCGCCAUCGUGGCUUUAAACUGGUAGCCGGUAAUUUCAUUCAAAAAAGUAACAAGCAUGGAGUAUUUCUGUGGAUACGACGGCGCCAGACGUUACUAACCGAUUUGGCCGAACCAUCCAUCUUGAAUCAUAUGAUGGCAUCCCCUCGAACACGGACAAGUGUUCACCGCCACUGUGAUGAUUUGGAAUCACAAGUUCGAAAAUGUCUAAGACGAAACUGUCCAAUUGAUCAAGAUUGUUCAUUGAAUUUCAGUCGCCUUUUUGAUGAAUUCGAUCCCAAGAGAGUAAGGGCUAUCACGAAACAAGCGGUUUUGGCUGGAAUUGAGACACUCGGCCUUAAAAUGGACAAAAAGGACUUUAGACUUGUAUGGGAACGUAUCAACCCAUUUGGCGCAAAAUUAAUUUCCCUAGGGACGUUUACUCAAUUUUUAGAGCUUACGGACUCUGAAAUUGAUGAUUUAGUGAACUCACUCCAGCGUACGAUGACGACGCGAUUCGGAAGCAGCGUUCCGAACUACCGACUAAUAUUUCAGUCUUACAAUGCACUUGGGGAUGGAAAACUAAGUCGAUCCGACUUUCAGCGAAUAUUUGCAACUAAUCAGCUGAGCUUCACUAAUAGCGAACUGAGUAAAGUGAUUCAGCGUUUUGAUGUCAACAAAGAUGGUUUUGUCGACUAUUCAGACUUUUUGAGCUACGUUACUGGAGUUUGUGACGCGUCUGCUAGAGCCGCGAGACGAAUUGCUGAAGCCGCUGACGAUUUUCGAGUUUGGGCACUCGAAAAUCAGAAUAAAAAGCUAGCGAAAGACGGCAUACUUGACUCAGCAUCUGCAUGGCGUCUACUAAAGCCCAAACACGGUCGACUUGAUUCCAUGACUAUCAAUCAUGUCCUACGUCAGCGGAGCAGACGAUUGACCGAGGAUCAAAUUUUCUUGCUGCAAGUGUUGAUAGCACCAUCGACAAAUGGAGAAGUUAACCAGGCAGCCUUUCAUGCAUUUAUCAAUCACGUACCAAAAAAAAUCCCGACGGUGGUGUAUGAGCUACAAAAGCUGGUCGGCUCUGAACCUUUGAAGUCGGGCAUCGAUAAAAUCUACAAUCGUUUGAAUAUAGAAGCAAAUGGAAAGUUGGCAUUAGUUAAAUUAUCACAGCAAUUGAAUGCACUGGCAGUGGAAAACUUGACGCGUCAGGUUGACUUAAAGGAUUUGGUAUAUGUGGUUCAGUUUACUGGGGCUUGUUGUGGAGGUGAUGGUGCGGUGCUACUUGACCGCUUUCUUUCAGGAAUCCGAGAAAACCAGGAUCGGAGAAACAUGAAAAGCGAGUUUGGCACGCACUAUGAUAGUCCUCAAUUUCUUGAAGGGGUUAAUUUACUCCGCGACGAGAUUAAGCGAUGUGCUAAAACUCCUGAUGGCAAAUUUGACUACAUGAUUCCAUUCCGCAUUUUUGAUAAAGACAGAUCUGGGCAUAUUGUUUUGUCUGAAUUUGAAGCCGCUAUUCGUGAGCUUGGCGUGAAUAAGUACCUGAAUGAUCAGGAGAUAAAAGGACUGAUGCGACGAUUUGACCCAAAUUUGUCUGGUGCGAUUAAUUUUAACGAGUUUCUUCGAUUUAGUCUUGCUGAGUCGUCUUCAUCAUCUAAUCGAAGGCUUAAUACUGUCAUUUUGCCGAAUCCCAAUCUGCAACGGAUUCUUGAUGACAUCGUUAUAAAUGAACGCCUCACAAAUGGGAACGCAGAGGCGUUUUGUGGCUCACUUAAGAGGAUGUUCAUUAUAAUUGACAAAGAUACUACCGGUCUCGUGCCUUUUAAUCGUUUUGUAGAGACGCUUCAAGAGAUGAGUAUUGCCGUACCAAAGGCAGAUAUGGAUGUCAUUAAAACAAUGUUCGGAGAUGGCAAAGGUACUGAAAAUGUUCAAUAUGAGCGCUUUUGCGAAGCGAUAACACAAAAAUGUCAACAUUAUCGAGAGUCUCAGCCAGCAUUUUAUAUACCAGCGUCGGAAAUUCUCAAUUUGCUGGAAACAUUGCAUCAACAAUUUACUCAAUUGGAACCCAGUAUUCAAGGUUCUGACAUUUAUAAAGCUUUCGGAGUGGAAAAUAAUAUGCCUAAAAGCGUUUAUGUGUCGGUUGACGACCUUAAAGACGUGUUGUGGGCUGUGGGCGUGCAUCAUCCUUACCUUCGGGAAGAACUUGAAGUAAUAAAAAUUUCAUUUCAGCUGCACCAAAAUUCUGAGUUUGAUGUUGCGCUUUUCCAGAAGUUUCUAUCUGAUGGCCCGAGAGCUUUCCUUGCAGGCACAUCUUACCUGUUCGACAACCACAUAAAACGACUCUCCAACGAGUUGUUCUCAUUUUUGUCUUCGGAAAAAGAUGCUGGUGUGCGCUUAUUCAGUCUCUUUCCAGAAGUCGAUACCAAUCUGAAUGGAAUAAUGUCGAAAGAUGAAUUUUUGCAUUUGCUCCAAAAAGCUGGUGUUCGCAAGUUUUUUGGAUCAGAAGAUGAAAAGCUUUUAUUACAAUUCCUCAAAGGAAAUGGCGACGAGGCGUUAUCGUACGCGGACUUUAUUUCUUUCGCCAAACAAGCUGACCAGAAGCUCAAAUCACUUGCUGAUGAACAAUCUGAUACCUUACCGUGUAAGUCCCAAAGCGAUGAAGCACCAUAUACUGUAAUUGUUUCACCGACAAUCGCUGACAAAACGUCAGCUGGAAAUACUUCAUCUAGCAUUAUUCCACCACAACAUUUUGAGCAACCGCAUGCCCUUUUGUUAAGACAGAUUGGUAAAUUGAACAGACUUUUACGUCCACAAUUUCCGUUUGCAACAUAUUUUAGCAAGUAUCGACUUGAUCAAAAUGAAACGAGGGUAACAGUUCAGAUUUUUGAGAAGAUCAUCAAUAAAUUUUUGGACCGUUUAGUCAUCCAGCGUGUUGUGUAUAACAUGAAGAACAUGGACAUUGAGCUAUUGAUACAAUCUUAUACUGUAACGAGCGACGAAGGUGCGUAUAUAGAUUAUGAACUCUUUCUGGGCGAUUUUGCAAAAACACAAGAAAGUAUCGCUGCAGCUUCCGCCGAUCACGACAUCAGCACCGGCGAAAGUGACGACGAGCUGUCUUGCAGUAGCGAUGAAGAAAGCUGCAUCACACUAAAGGUUUCCAAAAGCAUUGGGCCUGUACUGCUCCAAGCAAUAAAACAUGUGCACAAAACCCCGGCAGAGCUACAUGCGCUCAAAUCAUUGGUGAACACAUUGAGUGAAGAUUUAUCUGCGAGAAAGCAAUUUACUGUCAGCGAAACAAAAAUUUAUAAGUUGCUGACGACCCUUUCCUUGCGGCUUCGCAAUACUGAUGUAAUAAAGCUUUUCACGUGUAUAAAAACAGAGCUCCAUGGUAGGACGGUUUUCGAAGUUGAACCGUUCAUUGCGGCUAUAAAGGAACAGAUCGAUAUCGCCAUUGGUCCUCAGAAGGAGGCACCAGCGACUGUCGCAAAUGUAGAUCUACCGCCUGUCGAAGUGAAGCCCAUCCCCGCAGCAACUACAGCAUCUUCUUCGUUACUCGAACCAGUUUUAGCAAAAAAGAUCUAUCGAUGCUUUCUAGCCGCAGCUCAGCACAAUAUUAGCGGUCGAAAGUUACUAGAAAAAUGUGAUACUGCAGGAACAGGAACACUCACGCUACUGGAAUUUCAAACGGUGCUUCGCCUGAUGGGGUGUAGGUUGACGGAUUCUGAACUCGAGGCAGUUAAGACUGCUCUUGGACACCCAAUGUCUGCCCAAAUAAAUUACAACAUUCUGGUCCAACAAAUGCGACCAGAUUCUCCUCAGCCAAGAACAGCGCAGAAAAAAAGCACUGAAGCUUUUCAGGCGUCUAGAAGCGCUGACAAGUUUCAGCAUAAUUCGAUGAAACCAAGCUCAGUAUCUCAUAGUCACCAUUUUCCGGCACAAUUUGGCCCAAAGGCAGUGUGUACUAAUGCACCUACAUCUUUUGAAGAAGCGAAGCGCGUCGAUAACUUCGUGGGUCAUUUUUUUUCUGAGCUUUUAAAUGUGCGGCGAAUUGACUCAGCGACGCUAUACCAUAACUUUGAGCUUUAUGAUAUCAAGUCCACGGGGUUCAUUUUCAUUGAUGCAUUUAGUGCUGUAAUGAGAAAGCUAAAUAUUUUUUUGCCGUCUGAUGUGGCAACGACUGUUAUUUCUCGAUUUACAUCGGUGGUGAAGGAAAAAUUUGAUUACAUCGACUUUUGUCAGGUCGUUGCGACUUUUCUCCAGCCAAAAUCACCACCUCCACGAAUGCAACGAGGUGUUCAAGCUUCCAGGACAGCUUCGUCGUCAAUGUCUGAUCCAAAAGCUGUACGCCCCGAAGCUUCACAAACACAAACCAGUCGUAAAGUUACCUCUGACAAGGUGACCAUCGAAACACCAUCGAGACAAAACAACGAGGUGGAUAAGCAAGCUGUUGAUGUUGUAAGAUUUUGCUGA